UCCCCAGCUUUUGGAUUGUUUCAUUUUGAGUUUAUAUGUAGUUGUUAAAAUAAUUGCAACCCAAACCUUCUAAACCACCGAGAGGUUCUUGACGUGGUCAUAGAUCAGUGAGGCGGCUUGUGGGCAUCUUUCUCCUUUUUCCAGAAAACCCCAUAAACCUCGUCUCACUUUCUCGAGAAUUUUGAUUUCCACGAGAAAUUUCUCGAGGGAAAAUUUCAAUAUUUCCGGCAAAAGUUCAGAAAAAUGGCGGCUAGAUUGUUGUUCCGUCGAAGUUCUCAGAUUCUCCGGUCUAUCCAAAAACAUCCUCAAAUCUCAUCAUCCUUCGAGUCACCAUCCCCGAUUUUUUAUUCAUUGACCACCGCCUCACUAGAUCCAUCGCGAUUAUCAUCCUUAACCUUCCUCCGAUCGCUCUCAGUCGCUCGUCGUGGUCCAACGCGUCCUAAGAAGAUAGACAUAGGAGCCAAAGCGCGUCAGAUGCAGAAUCGUCGGCUUUGGACCUACGCGUUAACCUUCAGCUGCAUCGCCGGAUUCGUAGUCAUCGUCCUUAACCAAUUCCAGGAUCAGCUCGUCUUCUACCUAACGCCUUCUGACGCUAUGGAGAAAUUCGCAGAGAAUCCAACAAGCAAGUUCAGACUCGGCGGUUUGGUUCUAGAGGGCAGCGUUGCCCAGCCUGCGGCGUCUCAGGAGAUGGAGUUUGUGAUCACCGAUCUGAUUACUGAUAUUUUGGUUAGGUACAAAGGAUCUUUGCCGGAUCUGUUUAGGGAAGGUCACUCAGUUGUGGUUGAAGGAUUCAUUAAGCCGUAUACGGAUGAAGUGAGAAAGGAGGUUUCUACAAAACCUGUUUCACAGAAAGCUAGGAAUCUCGAUUGCUUCUUUUCGGCGACUGAAGUUUUGGCUAAGCACGACGAGAAGUAUAUGCCACAGGAGGUUGCGGCCGCGAUUGAGAAGAAUAAGAAGAUUAUUGAAGCGGCGGCCACGACCACAACUGAACAAGCAGCUGAAGUGGCUUCUUAGAUUGUUUCCGGCAAAGAGUAGGAAGAUUUGGAAUGUGUUAUUCCUGGAGAACAGAGAUUUGAUUUUGAGUCUAUUUGAGAAUUAGGAGGAGAAAUGUGAUACAGUAUACAAUAGCUUUGUAUGAUCCUGCAAAGCUCUAAUCUAUUUUCUUGUUAUAUUGAUGAAUAAGAAUUUGCUGUUUGGUUCCUUA